CCCAUAUUUUUUUAGGCUUCAUUGUUUGUUCAAUUGCCAUCAGGUCUGGGAAACACGCUUGUUAUGAAUCCCUGGGACCCCAUUACGUACACAGUGACACCUGCUGCUAAGAUUUUAGCUAGAUGUGUAACAUCAGGCACCAUGUCACAGGAGGAGCUCGAUGCUCUCCCACGGGAUUCUGAAGUCUUUUCCACAUCUUUACUUAAUGCUGAGAAGCUGAACAGAAUUAGACAUGAUCUCGAUCAGACUAAUUUAGAUUUAGAGCUGCUGAAGCUGGAAAGAGACAGUGCUGACGUCACUCACCCUCAUUAUCUCAGUCAAAGGUUUGCUUCCUUGCAACAGUUCACUUCCCACCUUCAGGAAGUGUUGCGAGAACAGACAGUCCUACGAGAGAGACUCACAAAGCCACUGUGUCAGCAGAACCUGCCCAUUCAGGCUGAUCUUCACAGAUAUGUGGUAGAGCUCACGGGGAUGGUGGUGGAGUUCAUUCAGAACUUGGAAGUGAAAAUUAAUAUGAUUCAAGCAAUUCCAUCCACUGACAGUUAUCUGAGUAAUUUGAACAAUGCCAGAACUCAGCUGUUGGCUCAGGUCACUGAAGUUGAGAACCUGUACAAGCAAGUUCUUAAGCGACGAGGCCAUCUACAGACCAACAUUAAAGACAUGUCCAUUUGAUAAAGAAUUUCAGAAAAUUCUAAUAUAAUGGCACCUACCAUUUGGUCAGGAUACUAGUGGAUAUUAAUUAAUUAUAUAAAAAAGAACUAAUCUUCACCUUGUUCCUACUGGUUGUUAAUAGACAUCUUUAGAGAAAACUGAUUCGAUUUGUUUUUAAUUCAUGGAUUAUGCAUAUACUGCAACUGUAUGUAAAUAUUGAGACAUGCUACAUUUUAUGUGAGUUUUUGUUUACUUUUGAAUUUUUAUGUUAAAUAAUUAUUAAUAAAUGUUCUACCUUUGAAACCAAAA